GGGAGAUUAUUAUUCGUAUUAUGCGCUCGUUUGUUAUUUCGUAGCGCUGAAUAUUUACUACUAUUAUGGUAUUUUAUUUAUAAACCCCGAAAACUGUAUAUUUGUUCCGUUUUAUGGUAUAAUACACAAAAAAUAUUUUAUUGCUCUGAGUGUGUGUGCAAUGAUUAGCGGCUCCAGAAAAAAUGUCUUCAUUUGAGAAAUUAAAACUUCUCAUUUGGAAGAACUUUCUACUACAAACAAGACACAAAUGGCAGACUGCUUUUGAAAUCGCAUCGCCGGUAGUAUUUUCGCUGUUUUUGAUUCUGAUAAGAUGUCUCGUCGAUCCACAAUCCAAUCCGGAUGUGUCCUAUCCAGCAUUCCCACCAACAUACUUCAAUAUAAGUGGAAGAGAGUUUGGAAAUUUAACAUCUGCAAAAAGAGAAGGAACCUUAGCUUUCUCUCCUGAGAAUGCACUCACUAGGAAGGUGACUGAAGAUGCAAUGGCAACAGUGGCUCUGGACAACCUCAAUGGAUUUAUAGCUUUGCUCUUUGAUACCCGAAUGCUUCCUCAACCAAAGGGAUAUAAAAAUUCAAGUGAAAUGGAAAAAGCCCUCACUCAACCGAAUGCCAUGAAUCGUAUUUUGGUUGGCAUUGAAUUUGAUGACAAAAUGGCAAACGCAACAGAAUGGCCGGACGACAUAAAGGUGUCCCUGCGUUUCCCCGCCGUGAUGAGGACGCCGAUGAUGGAACAUCCGCUGCGGGCGAGCUGGCGGACCAACCUGCUGUUCCCGCUCUUCCCUUUGCCAGGACCCAGGGAUCCAAACGACAUGUAUGGCGGGAAGAAACCAGGUUACUCCCCGGAAAUGUUCCUUGCCGUCCAGCACGCGGUUUCCCAGGAGAUAAUCAAACAGAAGUCUGGGAAGCCUAUCAGCACAAAAAUAUACCUGCAGAGACUACCACAGAAUGCGUAUAGGGUGGAUGAUUUACUGGUGGCUAUGGAACGUUUCAUAUCUAUGAUCAUCAUGAUAUGCUUCGCGUAUACCUUCGUCAAUACUGUCCGUGUUGUCACCGCUGAGAAGGAAAUGCAGUUAAAGGAAACGAUGACAAUAAUGGGACUGCCGUCAUGGCUGCACUGGCUGGCCUGGUUCAUCAAACAGUUCUCCUUCCUCCUCAUAUCCGUCAUACUAAUUGUGAUAUUAUUUAAGAUCCCAUUCAACUCAACGAAGACCGGCGAGGGCUACGCGGUGCUGACGUUCACGCCGUGGUCGGUGUUGCUGUUCUUCAUGGUGCUUUUCGUGAUCGCCUCGCUGUCUUUCUGUUUCAUGGUCAGCGUAUUCUUUACUAGAGCCAACACAGCGGCGUCCUUUAUGGGUCUAGUCUGGUUCUCCACGUACGCGGCGUACAUGCUGACUCAGAUGCUGUACGAGGACAUCAGCCUCACCACUAAGGCGCUUAUCAGCCUCAUCUCUAACGCCGCCAUGGGCUACGCCCUCCAGAUGCUCAUCAUGAGUGAAGGAACAUCUAAAGGCCUACAAUGGGGCGAUUUCUUCUCGCCUGUAUCAUACCACGAUCGCUUCACGCCCGGCCACGUGGCCCUGCUCCUGAUGUUCGAUGCUGUCCUCUACAUGCUGAUAGCCAUGUACGUGGAGAAGAUCAGGCCUGGGCUGUACGGGGUACCCCUACCCUGGUAUUUCCCCCUCACCAAGAGCUACUGGUUCCCGAAUAGGACGAAAGUGGCAGCAAUAACAAAACAAGAUGGCUGCGAUCAGGAGUACAAGAACUCUCUGCUCAAAGUCGUCCACGAUGAGGAACCCAAGGGAGUACCAAUGGGCAUCAAUAUUGAAAACCUAACCAAAGUGUACAAGGGACGUAAAAAGGCCGUAGAUAACCUAAACCUGCGAAUGUAUGAGAAUGAAAUAACAGUGUUGCUGGGUCACAACGGAGCAGGAAAAACCACGACCAUAUCCAUGUUAACAGGUAUAAUACCCCCCACAUCCGGUUCAGCGACCAUCAACGGGUACGACAUAGUCACGGAGACGGAGCUGGCUCGCCAGUCCCUGGGCAUCUGUCCCCAACACAACGUCCUCUUCCCCGACCUGACUGUGGCCGAGCACAUCAUUUUCUACUCCCGGCUGAAGGGCGUACCCAGCUCGAAGGUCAAGGAUGAAGUAGACCACUUCAUGAAGCUUUUAGAACUGGAGGAGAAGAGACACGUGGUGUCGGCGCACCUCUCCGGCGGUCAGAAGCGGCGGCUGUCGGUGGGCGCGGCAAUGUGCGGGUCGUCGCGCGUCGUGCUGCUCGACGAGCCCACCUCCGGCCUCGACCCCGCCGCGCGCCGCUCGCUCUGGGACCUGCUGCAGAGAGAGAAGAAAGGGCGAACCCUCAUCCUCACAACUCACUUCAUGGACGAGGCGGACGUCCUCGGUGACCGUAUAGCGAUCAUGUCGGGCGGCAAACUCCAGUGCGUCGGCCGCCCAUACUUCCUCAAGAAACAUUACGGCAUCGGGUACAAGAUAACCAUUGUGAAGGCGAAUGAUUGUAAUGUUGAGAACGUCACGGCGUUCUUCCGGAAAUACGUCCCGGAGGUGAAGGAGAAUACUAAUAUUGGAUCGGAGCUAACGUACAUUCUGCCGAACGAGCACGUGACGAAGUUCCCCGACAUGCUCAAAAUCUUUGAGGAGCAGAAGGAUGUGCUUAAAAUAUCCAGCUACGGCCUGUCUGUCACCAACCUUGAAGAGGUGUUCAUGAAAGUUGGUGCCGAAGACCAAGAUGUGAUUUCAGAAACUAAGAUUAACCACAAGGCAAAACAAAACGACAUCGCCAUGUAUCCUAUUGACGGCCAAAAUGGUGUAUUAAGCGAGGAACCGAUAGAGAAAGUGAAGGGAUUCAAAUUACUGAAGAAUCACAUAAAGGCGAUGUUCCUGAAACUCGCUUACAACACGACGAGGAACAAGCUAACAUCACUUAUACAGUUUAUAACACCAAUCAUAAAUAUAUCUAUAUCUGUACUUAUAGCUCGGUCAUGGAAGUUUAUAUCCCAACUACCUCCCCUAGAGUUGAGCUUGGAGAGUGGGUUUAGAAAGACCGAAACUCUCGUGUCAGAAGGAUUCAAUUUGACAGAGAACAGUCUAGAACGAAGAAUGAUGGUGGCGUUGAAAAGCUACUUCAAGAACGUCAGUGAUCCCACGAUGAUGUUGAACGAUAUUGGACACAUGGAUCUCGGGAAGUAUUAUUUGAAACUGAGUGCCGCGGACCUGCCCCGCGUACGGUACGAGACGCUGGUUGGCGCGACAUUCGCGCCGGGUCGCGUCACGGCGUGGUUCAGCAACUACGGCUACCACGACGCCGGCGUCGCGCUCGCGAUGGCGGACGGCGCGCUGCUCGCCGCGCUCAGCCCCGGCGCGCGCCUGCGAGUGGUCAACCACCCCCUGCCGUACUCCAUAGAGAACCUGGUCAAAGUGAUGGCUAAUGGCAGCAGCAUGGGUUUCCAGUUUGCGUUCAAUAUUGGAUUCUGUAUGGCUUUCGUAACGGCGUUUUUGGUACUCUUUGCAAUUAAGGAGCGCACGAGCGGCGCGAAGCUGCUGCAGCGCGUGGCGGGCGUGCGGCCGGCGGUGCUGUGGACGACGGCGCUGCUGUGGGACGCGUUCUGGCUGCUGCUCGUGUACGCCGGCAUCGUCGCUACGCUCGCCUUCUACGGCGAGGACACGCUCAGCUCGCCUGCCGAGCUCGGUAGAAUAAUGUUGGUGUUGGUACUGUUCUCGUUCGCGAUGAUUCCCCUGCAUUAUCUGGCCUCAUUCUUCUUCGAAGCCUCCGCAACUGGCUUCUCGAAAAUGUGUUUCAUAAACAUAUUUACUGGUUGUAUGCCGUUUUUGAUAACGGAAGUUUUGAGAUUCCCGGUGGUCGGGAAUCCAUAUUACGCGAAUAUAUUCGACUGGGUCUUCUCUCCACUGCCUAUUUACUGCCUUUGUAGAAGUUUCAAGGAUAUGAGUACGUCAGCGUUCAAGGUGCUGGCGUGCGACGCGCUGUGCACGCAGUUCAACACGGACAACUGCACGCGCCGCACCAUAUGCACCACGUUCAACAUCUCCGAGUGUUGUAUUGACGAUGAUCCGUUUUUGGACUGGAGUGAACCCGGUAUUGGCAGAUAUCUGUUCAUGAUGACGUUUGUCGGUUUUGUUGGAUUCACAAUACUUCUGCUCAAGGAAUAUGAAGUUUUCCACAAGUUUACUCAACGGCGCGUACGCAUGCCGGACGCUCGCGAGGACGAGGACGCGGACGUGCAGGCGGAGCGGCGCGCGGUUCGUUCGUUACCGCGGACGGAGCUGCCUCGAUACAGCCUCGUUGCCACCGACCUGUCAAAGUACUAUGGCGACUUCCUGGCUGUGGAUAGACUCACUUUUGCGGUACGAGCGGGCGAAUGCUUUGGUUUAUUGGGCAUAAACGGUGCGGGCAAGACGAGCACGUUCCGUAUGCUGACGGGCGACGCGCGCGCCACUGCGGGCGCCGCGCGCGUGCAUGGCUACUGUGUGAGCACACAGCUGCGGCAGGUGCAUAGGCUUAUUGGCUACUGCCCGCAAUUCGACGCCUUGCUGGAGAACCUGACCGCGCGCGAGACGCUCAAGAUAUUCUGUCUGAUGCGCGGCAUCCCCGUCAGCGUGGGCUCCGCGCGCGGCAUACAGCUCGCCGAGAUGUUGGGAUUCAUGAGGCAUUAUGAUAAAAAGGUUCAUGAAUGUAGCGGAGGUACGAAAAGGAAAAUCAGUACAGCGCUAGCCCUGUUGGGUGAUUCACCGCUCGUGUUCUUGGACGAGCCUACUACAGGUAUGGACCCAGCGUCGAAGCGGCGCGUGUGGUCGAGCGUGAUGUGCGCGGUGCGUGGCGGGCGCAGCGUCGUGCUGACGUCACAUAGCAUGGAGGAGUGCGAGGCGCUGUGCUCGCGACUCACCAUCAUGGUCAACGGACGAUUCAGCUGCCUCGGCCCGCUGCAGCAUCUCAAGAAUAAGUUCUCACAAGGAUACACGUUAAUCGUGAAGUGCAAAGGCGGCGUGGAUAAAGAUGGCACCGUUAACCAGUACGUCAUGGAUAGAUUUAAUGACGUCAAACUCAUUGAAACAUACCUCGGUAUAAGUACUUACUACAUAAACGAUACCAACCUUCCCUGGUGGCAGCUUUUCGGCGUAAUGGAAGAGGCUCGCAAACUGUACUCCAUAGAAGACUACUCCGUGUCACAAACCACCCUAGAACAAGUGUUCCUUAGAUUCACCAGGCUACAAGGUAACGCUAACGAGUAAUAAUGGUGCAUUUUAGUUAUACUCGAUUUAUACGAUCUUAAUUUGUACGACAAAAUGUACGUUGGCAUACAGACGACUGGGAACUGCGAAAAAAUGAUUGAAACUUGUUUUGUCUUACGUCAAGUGGCGUCUGGCUAUGCCCUAUGUUAAGGCUGAAUUUAGUGUCGCGCUGUCACGCUUAUGGCCCGAGAUGUUGAUUUUUGACUAGGAAGCGUUUAACGGUCUCUUAUUUCAUACAUUUCGAUUGCACCGAAACUGAAAACAGAACUAACGA